AUGGACUAUGGCUGCUAUGCGCCCGCCGUUGUGUUCAUUGAAGUCUACAAACGCAAAGACGUUCCAAUCACUAUCGAAGAAGCGCGCGUACCGAUGGGAGCGCAUAAAAAAGUACAUAUUCGGAAGAUCUCACAGAUUGAAUCCGUGGCACAGCGAUGGCAAGAUGUCCAUGGGCGUAAUCCCAACGAAGCCGAUGUUGAAGCCAUGUUCCAAGAGUUUAUCCCACUUCAACUCGCUUGUCUCGCCGACUACACGGAUCUGAUCCCCGGUACGCUAGAAGCUGUCGCGGAGUUCCGCAGCCGGGAACUGAAAAUCGGCUCAACCACCGGAUACCUCGGCGAAAUGAUGGAACUCCUCCUCAAAGAAGCAAGUAAUCGUGGCUACGCACCGGACGCUACGGUUUGCGCCAGCGAUGUCCCAGCAGGUCGUCCAGAACCGUGGAUGUGCCUACAAAACGCGAUGAAUCUAGGCAUCUAUCCGAUGGAGGCAAUCGUCAAAGUGGGCGAUACCCUCCCAGACAUCGAAGAAGGACUCAACGCCGGCAUGUGGACCAUCGGUCUCGCCAAAACAGGCAAUGAAAUUGGACUCAACGAACAGGAGAUCGCAGACCUACCCCAAGAUAUACUGGAAGCCAAACUAACACAAGCAUAUACGCGGAUGUAUCAGACCGGCGCACACUAUGUGGUAGAUGGGAUCUGGGAUGUACCGCCAAUUCUGGAUCUGAUCGACGAAAGACUACAGCGCGGUGAACGCCCAUAG